AAGCUUAUUGGCUCAGAAAUAUGGAGUCAGAUGACGCAAUUUUCCGUGUUUCCUCUGAGUGGUGAGAGCCGGGGAGGUUACUGUCGGUCAGUUUUGUUGGCUGAGACCAAUGACUGUAAAAAAACAUUGGCUGAGACACAUCACGGCGACUUGAGUGUGACGGGGCUGAAGGCAGCCAAAGACAUCUGACGUCCACCUCAGCCUACAAGCACUCUCGUGCGUACGGGCGUCUUCAUCUCAAGCACUCUCGUGCGUUCGGGCAUCUUCUUCUUCGUCCAUUGCUGUCGCCCGGUCCUCUCGGGAGAGAGAGCCCAGCUCUCCUUGGCAUCUAGCUCACCAAACUCCUCCUCCUCCUCCUCCUCCUGCCACCUGCACUCCAGGAUGGGUGUGAAGAUGGACCUCCAGACGGUGCUGCUCCUGCCCGUGCACCUGCUGGUGUGGCUCUACUCCCUCCUCACCUUCCUGCCAUGGUACUUCAUCACCGGGGCCCAGGAGAAGAAUGUUCUGGCCAAACGCAACAAGGCCAAGUCCACCUCGGGCCAGCCGGAGGGGCCCUACCGCUCAAUCGACCGCUUCGACAGCCUAGCCCAGAUGGACUUUGCCGGGAAGGACACGCUGGACAAGCUGUUCAACCACGCCGCGGAGCGCUACGGCCCCAACCACUGCCUCGGCACUCGGCAAGUGCUCUGCGAGGAGAAUGAGCCCCAGCCUAGUGGCAAGGUUUUUAAAAAGCUCAUUCUGGGAGAUUACAAAUGGAUCACCUACGAGGAAAUGGACGUCAUAGUGAGUCACUUUGGCAGUGGCUUGGCCGCUUUGGGCCAGCAACCCAAGAGCACCAUCGCCAUUUUUUGCGAGACUCGGGCGGAAUGGAUGAUCACGGCCCAGUCAUGCUUCAGACGCAAUUUCCCCCUGGUGACCUUUUAUGGCACCCUGGGAGAGGAAGCCGUGGCCUAUGGCCUGAAUGAGUGUGGGGUGACUCACGUGGUGACCAGCGUGGAGCUCCUGGAGACUAAACUAAAGAAUGUGCUUCCUCAGAUCCCUAACCUCAAGCACAUCAUAUAUGUGGAGAACAAGACGGUCAGCACGGCGGGCUACCCCGAGGGCAUACAGCUUCACAGCAUGGAGGCUGUGCAAAAGCUGGGAGCUAAGCCAGAACAUCUGAACCUGGAGAUAGUGAAACCCAAACCCGCAGACCUGGCAGUCAUCAUGUACACCAGCGGCUCCACCGGGAGACCCAAGGGGGUCAUGAUCGUCCACAGCAACCUCAUCGCGGGCAUGACCGGGCAGUGUGAGCGGAUCCCUGGUCUAGGCCCGAAGGACACGUACAUCGCCUACCUCCCCCUGGCUCAUGUCCUGGAGAUGACUGCAGAGAUCUCGUGUGUCACUUAUGGUUGUAGGAUCGGCUACUCCUCCCCCCAGACCCUCUCCGACCAGUCAACGAAGAUCAAGAGAGGCAGCAAAGGAGACUCCUCAGUCCUGAAGCCAACCCUCAUGGCAGCUGUUCCGGAAAUAAUGGACCGCAUCAACAAAAAUGUGAUGUGCAAAGUCCAAGAGAUGAGCUUUGUACAGAGAACCCUCUUCAGGCUGGCCUACAACUACAAACUGGAUCAAAUCAAGAAGGGCUACGAUGCUCCCCUAUGUAACGCGCUGUUUAAGAAAGUGCGGGGCCUGCUGGGAGGGAACGUGCGCAUGAUGCUGUCAGGGGGAGCGCCUCUGUCCUCGGCCACCCAGCGCUUCAUGAACAUCUGCUUCUGCUGUCCCGUGGGCCAGGGCUAUGGGCUCACCGAGACCUGUGGAGCAGGAACCAUCACCGAGGUGGCUGACUACAGCACAGGCCGAGUGGGAGCCCCUCUUAUCUGCUGUGAGAUCAAACUGAGGGACUGGGCUGAGGGUGGUUACACCAGAAAAGACCAUCCCAAUCCACGUGGAGAGAUCCUGAUUGGAGGCCCUAAUGUGACCAUGGGCUACUACCGGAAAGAUGGCAGCCUCAACGACGACUUCUAUGUGGAUGAGAGUGGCCAGCGGUGGUUUUGCACAGGAGAUGUUGGAGAAGUUCAUUCUGACGGCUGCUUACAGAUUGUGGACCGUAAGAAGGACCUUGUCAAAUUGCAAGCUGGAGAGUAUGUCUCAUUGGGCAAGGUGGAGUCAGCCCUGAAGAACUGUGCUCUCAUUGACAACAUCUGUGCAUACGCAAACAGUGAUCAGAACUACGUCAUCAGCUUUGUGGUGCCCAACCAGAAGAAGCUGACUACCAUGGCAGAUCAAAAAGGCAUUAAAGGGACGUGGGAGGAGAUCUGCCAACACCCUGUGAUGGAGAUGGAAGUUUUAAGAGAGAUUAAAGUAGUGGCCACCUCAUCAAAACUCCAGCGCUUUGAAAUCCCAGUGAAGGUUGGCCUAAGCCCAGAGCCUUGGACGCCUGAGACAGGCCUGGUCACCGACGCCUUCAAGCUGAAAAGAAAAGAGCUGAAGAACCACUAUCUCCAUGACAUCGAGAGAAUGUAUGGGGGGAAGUAGGACCAGCAACCCAGCCAAAAACCAACUCUUCACCAUUCCACUGUCACCUUCAGUGUAUCAGUUCAAAUAUGUUUCAUAUUUCCAAUCUUACUGUCCGUUUGCUUAAGGCUAGCACAGAAAACACAACGCAAACACAUAUGUUGAAGUUAAACUCCUGUAGCUUUCAGUUGUAUUUGUGUGUUUUAUUUGCUUUUGUUUGUUCAAAGUAAGGAGCUGUUUUGACCGUUCAAAUAUGGCUUAGUGUCUCUGCAGUGGAAUUGUUCUAGGAACUGUAAAAUGUCAGUGGCCUGACACAAUUCACCUAAUGAACAAGAUGCCGCUUUGUCUAAACCUCUUCACCUCUCAAAAUUAAAUCAACCACACAACAGCAAGAAACUGCCAUACAUCUUUCUAGGCAUUUUUGUAGGUACAGUUUAAAUCCAUAUUAUUUGUAUUUAUUUAAAUAAAUAGUUAUCAGGCAUUUCUUUGAGGUAUGGAUUGACCGUUUUUGUGGGCUUCCCAAGGGAGUCUCUUGAAUUGGUAAGGUUCGUGGUAGUUGUUUACUCCCUCCUGGUGGCAAAUGGCGUAAAGCAGUGUCACUGUGCCUUUAGAGAGAUCCAGUGUUUCAUGACAAACUUUUAUGUGUGUUGAUACCAGUACAUUUAUUUAUUACCAGUCAUAACGUAAAUAAUGGCUUAAAACUAUUUAUUAGCAGCCUAUGGUGAGGGGGUCAGAUCUGGAUUUGACAGGAUUUACUGUUAAAAUAUUUGCCCCUAAUUUUAAUGAAUCUUACUGAAUCACUCCUGUGUAACAAAAAAAGAGGAUUUUGCCUUAUGGCCAACUCUUUAUUUGAACUUGAAUAUAGUUUUGAAUUGCAAAUGGGAAUUGGAUGCACUUCUUUGGGUAGCUUGUAUCUAAUGCAUCUCAUUUCAGCAGUGAAAUGACAUAUCCGACUUAUUUAUUUCUGAAUGACUCAGGGCAUGUAGAAUGGGUGGUGUAGGUCAUGAAGGUUUUCAAGUAGAUAGAAUGAAAACUGUCCAAACAUGAUUCAGGUUACCUUUUGUUUAAGGGAAGCUUUUCAGUCUGAAUUAAUAUAUUCAAUUUGAGAUUAAACAAUGGGCCCUGACUAUUCUAGAGGUACAUACCAUUACAUGUCAAAGGCCAUAUUGAAAUGUAGGUUGGUUUACAUCGUUGUGAAAGCGAAAUGUACAAUGAUUUUGGUGUUUUCUUUGUUUGUUCUUUGGGGAAUUAACAUUCAGGUGUAGAUAAUUUCUUUGUGUCGAUGCACAUUUUACCACGUCACCUGCAGUUUUUGCAGCACACACUGUGUAACUGCUGUACGUUUCGUCACACAUUUCACGUUGGCAAUCAGAAUGUAAUGUUUGCAAGUUUAAGAUCCUGAUUGCAUUGAUUGAUUCUCUUUUCCUCAUCUGCUAAACCACUCCAUUUCUUGACCAUUAUUGUGGUAAAUAAGUUGAGGGAUCUGAUGUCUUGUUUAUUUUUAUGGGAUUACAUUUCACUGCCUUGUUAUGAUUUUGUUCCUUGUUAUUUUGUUUGUUUUUUUAACAGAGCAUUAAAUGACAUGUGUAUUUAAGGAGGAUUAUUUGAAAGACCAAAUGAAUACUGCACAGGUCUUAUUUGCUGACCUCAUUUUAAUAUUGGCAUUGCGAUGUAUCAGUAGAGAAUUUUAAAAAAUCCUUUGUCAGUUUCCCUGGUAUGUUCUCAGCUAUCGCUUGUUAACAGCAAAUUUAGCUGCUGGACAUAAAUUAGUACAUAACCAUACAUAUUUUAAACUAAAGAACAUCAUUUUUUUUUUCUCAGGUUUUGAUGCCAGAAUAUAAUGAAAACAUUAGGAUGCCAAAUUCCAGAACACUGCUUGGUAUUUUGUGACUGACUGUACCAAUUCAUUUUUGGUCAUGUUGAAGAUGAAUAAUUCCAAUGAAGUAAAUUUGCUUGUUAGGAUGUUUUAUGAUGCUGUUAUUUAUUCCAUUGUGUGAGGUCACCUUAUGUAACAUACAUUGUGAUAAAUAAAAUGUUUUGUAAUA